UCUUCGACAGUACUACUUCGAUUGUUCAGAAUUCAAUUCCAAUUUGUCGUCUUUGAUUUUAAAUCAUUUAAAGUUGUAACGCUUCCUCGUGUGCUUCGAUUCAGAAUUGACAUUAUAUUAUACAGUAUUUAUCAAGCUAUUUAAUACUUAUAGUUUCAUAAUUAUAAAUUAUUGUUGAUUUCAUUUUUAAAUUAAAACAACUGAAUAAACUAACUUUUAAAUUAUGGCGCUGGAUUUGAAAGAAAAAGGUAAUGUUGCCUUGGCAAUUGGAAAUUAUGAACAAGCUAUUGAAUAUUACACUGAAGCUAUUGCUCUAGACCCCAACAACCAUGUACUUUUUAGUAACAGAUCGGCUGCGUAUGCAAAGCAAGGCAAAUACCAAAAUGCAUUAGAAGAUGCUGAAAAGACUCUGUCUAUUAAACCAGAUUGGCCUAAAGGAUAUUCGAGAAAAGGAACAGCUUUAUCAUUUUUGGGCCGUAAAGAUGAUGCUGCCAAAGCAUACGAAGAUGGUUUAAAGCUUGACCCUAAUAAUCAGCAGUUGUUGGAUGGUUUAAGAGAAGUGAAACAAACUCCACCUUCUUUUGGAGGCAAUAACAUGUUUCCAGCAGAAGCUUUUUUAAAACUUGCACAAGAUCCUAGAACCAAAGAUUUGAUUAAUGAUAAACAAUUCAUGAGUCUACUAAUGGAAUGCCAGAGAGAUCCUCAAAAAUUAAUAAUGAAUAUGCAAGAUCCUAGAAUAUCAGCUGCAUUAAGUGUAAUGAUGGGUAUUAAUUUAAUGGGGGAUGAUGAAAAAAUGGAUACUGAACCAUCACCUCCACCUCCAAAACAAAAAAGGGAACCAACACCACCACCCCCUGAAAAAACUGAAGAUGAAAGUUUAACAGAAGAACAAAAAGAGGCUAAAAAAGAAAAAGACUUGGGUAAUGAAGAAUACAAAAAGAAAAAUUUUGAAGCAGCUCUUGCACAUUACAACAAAGCUAUUGAGUUAGAACCUACAAAUAUGACAUUUUAUAACAAUGUUGCUGCUGUUUAUUUUGAACAAAAAGACUAUAAGAAAUGCAUUGACCAGUGUGAAAAAGCAGUCGAAGUAGGUAGAGAAAAUAGAGCAGAUUUCAAAUUAAUUGCCAAAGCCUUUUCUAGAAUUGGAAAUGCUUAUAAAAAACUUGAGGACUAUAAAAGUGCAAAAACAUAUUUUCAAAAAUCAAUGUCAGAACACAGAACUCCAGAAGUAAAGACUAUUAUUUCUGAACUAGAGAAAAAAAUUAAAGAAGAAGAUCGCAAAGCAUAUAUUGAUCCAGUAAAAGCUGAAGAAGCCAAAGAAAAAGGAAAUGAAUUUUUCAAUAAAGGUCAAUUUGCGGAUGCCGUCAAAUUUUAUAGUGAAGCAAUUCUGCGCAAUCCUGAUGAACCUAAAUAUUAUAGUAAUCGGGCUGCUUGCUAUACCAAAUUAGCCGCUUUCGAUCUUGGUUUAAAAGACUGUGAAAAAUGUGUUGAAUUGGAUCCUAAAUUUUUAAAAGGAUGGAUUAGGAAAGGUAAAAUUUUACAAGGUAUGCAACAAUCUUCUAAAGCUUUAUCAGCAUAUCAAAAAGCAUUGGAAAUAGAUUCAUCUAAUACUGAAGCCUUGGAAGGUUACCGGUCAUGUUCUAUAGCUGCAAAUUCAGAUCCCGAAGAAAUGCGCAAGCGUGCUAUGGCUGAUCCUGAAGUUCAAGAUAUUAUUAGGGACCCUGCAAUGCGUCUUAUACUUGAACAGAUGCAGAAUGACCCUAAAGCUUUAAGCGAUCAUUUGAAAAAUCCAGAAAUUGCUAGUAAGAUCCAAAAAUUGAUUGAGUCUGGAUUAAUCGCCAUUCGUUAAAUUUAAGGAAUAUCUGUACAUCUUACACUACUUUAAAAGCUUUUUUAUAAAUUUAUAUUAUAUUUUUGAAGUUUCUUUCCAAUAAUAUAAUAUACAAUUAGGUAUGAUAAUAAUUAAAUUACAAUACAUGAAAUAUAUGACUUUUAUGUCUUAAAUUAUAUUUUAGGGUUAUUUUAAUACUGUUAAAAAUUUUUCAACUUUUAUAUGAUAUGUUCUAAAUGUGUAAUUUUGACCUUAGUGUAUUGGAUAUUGUUACAAAGAAUUUAGAUUACACAAUUGUCUGUACUAAAAUAAAAAUUAUGAACUAC